GGGGGCGUGACCGGGCAGCGCUAUGGACAUGGACGCCUUGAGCACAUGAUCACAGGAGCUGAUUUUGCAGCAGCAGGGACGGACCCGCAGCUUCAGUCAUGUCGUCAGUUGUCAGCGUUUUUCAGGGACACAAAGUCGGUGCGUGUGUGUGAGGAGCGGGAGGUGGAGGAGUUUUGGACCUCCCUCGGUGCAGAGAUGCUGUGUUUGCUUUCUGUCACAACUGAAGUGUCUCCUCUCAGACUCUGGAAACUACACUGAAAGAGAACCUGAAUGCCAAAGGAACAGGGGCAUUUCGGGGAGCGUGCUGCCCGCAGCACCUCAAAGAAUGCCAAGGAUAAGAGUAACAGUGCCACUCUGCGGGCGUCCAAGGGUGGCACCCAUACGGACCUACCGGCACUCGGUGACAUGAACAGCCGCAUGCUGCGCUGUCACUCGGAGAAGGACUCUGAAAAAGACUCCGGAUACUCGGAGGCUGGCUCAGACACGGUGCACACUGAUGUGGAUGACCAGCGCAGCAGCGUCAGUCAACCUCACAGGGAGAGCAACAAAAGCUCCAACAACAACAGCAUCAAUGUGAAUUCUGCAGGACACAACAGGCCCGCGUACAGUGAAGUCGCACCAUUUUACAUCAUCAAGAACCUGGUAGUGAAGCCGUCUCGACCAGAUCAGCUCCUACACGGGCCCCUAGCAUGGGGCGCAGGUUGGCACAAUGCUAAAGCCCCCACCCAGCUCCUAUUGAUCCAACAGCCCACACUGACCGGCUCCUCCGCCGCAACGCUCUCAUCCACUCAAGCUGCACCCAAAGGUCAAUCGAAGACAGGAAGCGGUCCAAACAUCCAGAGUCACAGCAACAAGAACUCAUACCUGCCAAUCCUCAAUUCUUACCCGCGCAUAGCCCCCCAUCCCAGGAAGGAGAGUCAUGAGAGCAAGUCCACUGUGUGGGUAGAGGGACCGAAGGAGGGGGGAAGUGAGGGCCAGAGCCAAAGCAAGAGGGUGUGCACUGAGGAGGAGAAGAGGGAGGUGGUGUCCACCACCAGCCAAAUCCUCAAACCACAGCAGGCUCCAAAAGAAGGCAAAGCUCAUCCUCAAUCCCAGCACAAAACAAGAGGAGGUCACAAGUCCUUUUCUCUCUCCUCCCACCGACCUCAGCCCACUCACGCCUCCUCCACCACCCAGCACAAGCCCCGUCACUGCAAGCAAAGUUCAGGCUGUGAGAGUGUGAGCUCACCCUCCGUCUCCAGCUCCCAGACCCCCUCACCUCCUUCUUCCUCGGACUCCCCCUCAUCAUCUUCAUCCUCUCCCCCCUCCUCGUCGUCUCCCUCCUCUUCCUCAACUCACAGUCCAUAUCAUCCGGCUCCAGACAGCACAUCCGCACGCCAGCGUCGUUUCCUCAACACAGCUGAGAUCCUGAACCAGUCGGGGCUGCUGGCCAUCACGCUCCGCACCAAGGAGCUGCUGAAGCAGAACGCCACCACAGAGAGAGAAAUCGCCCAGCUUCGACAGCACACUAACCUCCUGUGUCAGGUGGCCCAGGGCAGGGGCGGCGGAGGCUCCGAAAGCCUGGAUAAACUAGUGCAGGCCAUGUCCAAGUCAGGUUCUUACCCCGACCUUGACCCCACUCAGCUGAAAGCCCUGAGCAGCAUCCAGCCACAGAGCGGAGAGGAGGAGAACGAAAAAGACAAUGACAUGAAAACCACUAAGACACUGAGCAGCACAGUGCAGGUGGUGUCACUACAGAAGAUUGAUGCUGGGAUAUCACCACCCUCGCCUCUGUUUGCACCUUCACCAAACACUGAGGCGACACAACAUGACGGAGAUCCUCUGGACCUCAUGUCCUCUGUGUCUUUUCCCAGGUCCGUCCCUGAACAGGGAUUCAGACCAUCACUAAUAGACAAGGAUUUAAGUGAUCUCACCAUGUUGCCAGAGAGCUCAACACACAGUGACUUUCUCCUUUAGCGCCCAGACUGUGGAGUGAACUGGCAAGACACUCAGAACCUGGAGAUCUGUCUGUGGUAAACACUUUAUUUAUAGCAGACAGAUCCUCACUCAUGCCAGGUAAAUGCCUGUCCUCCACGUAUCCGUGUUUUUCUUUUACAGCUCUUUUUUCUCAUUGCUUUUUUUUUCUUUCAUGACAUAAUACAAUAAAAACAACCAAAUAAUGAAUAAAAAGAAACAACAUGUAUGAUGUACCGUUUUAAUUUUCACUCAGGUCUGCUGUGGAGACUUGUAUCAGACUUUUGCUUUAAGAGACUCUAUAUGUACAGUACAUAUAUAUAAGUAUGGAAUUUCACAUGUACACAAACUGACAGCUUUUUAGCGUUGGAUAACUGCUUCAGCUCCAUUUUUCAGAAUAGAGCUUCAGUCAACUAUAGAAUAUUACACUGUUUAUUCUGAAAUAUGGAGAAACUGGCAAAUUAUUUGCAAAUCUUCACUGCCGUCUUGUCGAUUGACGAUACUUUUAAGGAAUAUAAAAACUAAAUCAGUUAUAAAUCUCAUCAAACUUGUGGUCAAAAGAGGCGAUUAAUGUGAGAAAAACCUGUCAUGAAAGCAGAGAGUCCAACAUGGAUUCCUACAUGACUUUAUACUAUUUAAAAAAGGCCAGAUUUCUUCAAACAUUCAACACUACUGUGACAAAUGAGUGAUAAGAUGCUCAUAGGAGGAGCAUGACUUUUAAUAUGCAAAGAUAACAGCAACGGCAACCUCGAAAAACGCUAAUCAGCAGUCUGACUGAAACUCAGAUUCAAUCACACAAUGACUGGUGACGGUGAAGAACCGGGCUUUGUCUCACCACACUUUUUUAUGUUGAUGCGCUGAAUAAUGUAACACUUUAAUGUCGAAUGCUCGUCUCUUUUGUGCGACACGAAGUAAAAGUGAGUCAGCAGCUUCACUUACACAACAGGAGAGAAAAUUGUUGAAUAACUGUGGAGAGGGUGAACAAUGAGCACAGCGAAGUAAAGGCUAAAAAUAGGGAACACAGCUGUCAAUCUGUUCAAGAAAGUACAGCAAUAAAGGACUACUUUAGUGGCAGGAAGGUCACAGGUUCACAGUCUGUUUUAUUUUUUUCUCUUGUGUUGGUCGAUGCUCUCUUUUUAAAUAAAUAUAAAUAUGCAGAGUAGAGAGAAAUGUAAUGAAGGCUUUACAUUGUUUGUAGCUGUGCAUUUUCUGCUGCAGUACUUGCCCUUGUGAUCCUUGGGUAUUACCUGGACAGGCUGCAGCCAGCCAUUCAUUCACUGUUAGCUGGGUAUGUCUCAGGGUGAUGUGAAGCUACUGUUUGUAGCAGCAUAUUACUGUACAACAAUGUUCACAUGUUCAGGAAAGUGAGAUCCAAAUGGGAAACACAAUUGUAGACAUGAUGUACUAAUCUGUUGUAUGGCAGAUUAAUUGUAUCCUAUAGCUGAUGAGCUAUUGUACUUGCCAUCACUAGUUUCCAUGCAGAUGUAUCCCUGGGCUCAACACUCUGCUCCAAGCUGCUGACAGUGUGUUGAAUGUGAAUAGAACGUGUGUUGUGAUCCAUUUAAUAUAUGAAUGUGAGUGAGAGGAAGUGAAUGGGUUAAUGGAAUAGGGUGGUGAGUGCUCUGGGUGCUCAGUCAUAAGGAGAAGUCUUUUGCCAUUAGUAAAGCGAGUCAAACUAAGUGUAAAACACUUUAGCUCAGAUAACACAGCUGAUAAGAAUUUGAAAUCAAUUCACUGUCCGAACAAUGAAUCGACGGUUUGGUGUGUUCUAUAACACCAGGUGUGUCGUAAGGCUCUAUCAACCAUAAAAUACCAUUAGAAGGACACCUGUAGUGACUCGAAUUGUCCACAGGAAAGUGCCCUUUGAUUCAGUAUCCUCAUCAGUUUUCAUCAGUUUCAGUUGCAUUACCAUUUCAAGUUUUUCUUUUAUUCAAAUACUUGAUUGUCAGUUUUUCUUUUCUUUUUUUUGUCAGUCAUCCUGGAACUUUGUCUGUGUUUGUUUUAUUUUUGUCUGUGUUUGUGUUCCCUGAUCUGUGGCUCACUUGUAAAAAUGUGUGCUUGUAAAUCCUAAAUGUCACCUUAAAAAAACAAUGAUUGUAGUUUUAAAACACUGAUCUUUAUUACCUUUACUGUACUAAUAAGUAUUGGAUGUAGAGAUGCUGAACUAAAAGACGUUUUUACGUUUUUCUGUUGUUUUGGUCAGGAUUCAUUCAUUUUAAAUAAAAAACUACAAAUGGCCCUUUUUCAGUUUUUUUUUCACAUAUAUAUAUAGCUGUUCCCUUCAUCUGCCUCCAUUGAUCCCCAGCUUUUGUUUCCUCUACUGUUAACCUAACAAUCCACACUAAGACUCUACAGAUGAUUCAUUCUUUUGAAUGGUAAUCAUAAUGAAUAUUUAUAGCCUUACUGCAGCCGACUCUGUUUAAUGUAUUGUUGUUCUAUGCACAGCCACAGAUUCAUAUGCAAAUGUAUGUGUAUAUUUCAAAAAGUUAUUUUUGUAAGCAUUAAUUCCUGCCAUGAGCUUUUCUACAGUAAUGGACUGAUGGACUUCUACGUUCAGCUAAGGUAAGAGAAUCUCUGGCUUUAGGUCUUACUGCUAAACCCCCCUUCUAGUUCUAAGAGACUAAACCAACUCAAAAAAAAAAAAAAAAAAAAGAAAAGAAUGUGAGUGUCAGCGGUCAACUGUAGGGGGCGGGCUGAUAUUGGAACGUUUGAAUAACGGAAAUAGAAAUACGUUGUACAGUCCUUAUUUCCGGUUUGCUAACACGAGGAUUUCCGUUUGGGCUUCCAGCGGGUGUUCAAAUAAAAAAAAUGGGCACGGUGGCUACACGUGAUUGAUUGAAAUGGUGGGUUUUUGAAAACAAAAAUUGUCGGUUGUAUCUUGUUUGUAAUUGUAGUCGUUCGGUCGUGCAAUUUAGUGCAAUUUACGCUAGCAUAUGUGUCUCGGCAGCUAACGUUAGCUUCUGCCAGAAGUUAAAAUGAUUCGUAGUUAGUUUUUCGUGCUAAAUAAUGAACAUGGAGUUGUCGUGGUAAAUACGAAAUUGGUCUUUGACAGGAGUUUGAGCUGGGCUGAUGCACCUAUUUGAAAA